AUGAACAUUCUUUUUUCAAGACUGGAUUUCAUUCCCAUAUUUGCUAAACGGCACAUAACCCAGCCCACUAUAUAUACAUGUGGGUGUGUUUUAGUCUUAAGGUAACAGCAUGAAAGAGAGGACACACACACAAAUAUAUAGGUUAUGCAUAUUUUUCUAACAUGAACUUUAAGUCAGACACUGCAGAGAGGAUACCUACACAGUGAUAUGACUAUGAAGAUGAAGCAUUAAGGAGUAGGGCGGAGAUAUUAACUUCCAUCACUGGAACUUUGAUUGUUUCUGGGGAUUAGAUCAAUCAGUUUUUCUUCUUAUUUUCUUCUUAUGCACCAUCACACUGGUUUUGGUGUGAGUGUGUAUGUUGUGCUCGUGAAAGAUGCUAAAUUUGACUGUCCUGCUGCUCAGCUUUGGGCUCCUGAACUUCUCAACACCAAUGCACCAUAAUCAUCAUAGGCUGCACUUUCAGCAAUCCAUGUCCUCAGAGAGCAGUGAUUCCAUGGAAAGUGCUGAAACAGAUCAACAGGUCACCCCUACAUCUCAUGCUCCUGGAAGUGACAUCAUAAUCAGAGCACCUGCAGACUUCGGGCAGCCCAAUGAGAAUGGCACCAGUGCCGUGACCGUCAGCAUACGGGAUGAAAACACCAACGCAUCUGUGGAUGUUCUGACCUUCAUCUUCAACACGGAGGAUGACGCCGGUAGGAGCAGUGCAGCUGAAGAAAGCAGCGGAUUUGGCGAUGAAGGAAUGCAGGCUGAUGAACCUUCAAUCACUCAAAGAGAUAUAACUGAUGAGCAAAGCUUGGAUGAUGUAUUUAAAGCAAACAUAAACCUAAAAGAUGAUGUGCCAGAAUCAAUUGAUAAUUUAAAUGAAGGAGGCUACCAAACACCAGAUUCACCAAUUGGUGACAAAAGCAACAGUACUUCUGGAAAGGACAUUGCAAACCAACAAACAAUUGAUUUUAAUAGUGAUGAAGCUCUGCAAAGUAAAGUGGAUGACCUCAAAAAUGAUAUCCAAGCGGAUGAGGCAUUUAUAGCAUCACUAGAUGUUGCUAAAUCCAUUGAAGAAAGCACCAGUGAGGGAAAGCAAGCUAGUACACAUCCUGAAACUGUGUACUCUACUGACCAUGGAUUGGGCUCAAAUUCAGAGGAGACUGGCCAAAUCAAGUCUCAAGUUGAAUCUCACAAGUCAAACCAUGGCACAAAUCCUUUAAACACACAUGAUUCUGGAUCAGAAAGCCAACCUACACACCUUCCUGAGGGCGAGACAAUGAGUGAAUCCCUGGAUGACCCUCAGUCCCAAAGUAAGGAGCUUUCCAUUACCCUUACUACUGUCUUUCGCUACUUGCUUGGAGAUCUUAUUGGUCUAAGAUCAGUUCCUGCUCCUCUCAAACCACAAUCCAUAGGAGCGUUGAUGACCAGCAUGGAGGAAACUACUUCAACAGAAGCAAAGGAAAAAGGAACUGACCCUGGAUUAUAUUUAUCCUCUAAAGAUAAGCACAAGGUUCGCACAAACUCUGGUCCAACCAUAAGUCCUUGGGUGUUUAAUGAAGUCUCUCCACUCAUCUACAGCUCUGAAGAACAAGAAGAUCAUGAUGUGUUCUUGGGCACUGAUGCAACACUUAGCAGCCCAGUGCCUAGUCCAGAACCGUUGCCAAAUCCACAGAAUGCCAAGAAGGAUUCUCCAAAGUCUUUCUCUUCUGGUCCAGUGUAUGUUAACGAUGGCUGGCCUGCUGUUGACUACUCCAACUCUUUAAACGAUUUUAGACAUUACCAUAAGUAUGGCUACAAACCUGAAUACAGGAAUGGGCAAUGGGAAAAUCAUGAGGACACUGACACAAAUACAUAUCAUGAAACUGCAGAACAUGAUACAGCUUAUGAAAACACCCCAGCAUACUCAUUGGAAGCAGCAGAGAUCCAGAGCUUUCCUACAGAAGACCCAAAAACCCAGGAUAACUUGCACAACAAAGACCACCCUGAGUUCACCCCAGAUUUUGCUGCAUCCAGGGAAGAUGUUAUUUCCAGCUCCAGUGAGAUUAGCAAGGAAACAACCAGAUUCCAGAUUCCAAGAGCUACAGAUGUGCCUCCUACUGAUGCUGCGCCAGUCAUGUCCAACAGUCUAGAGAGUACAGAAACCACUGUAGGUCCUGAUAAUGAGAAAGACGCUUUGACAGUAAGCUCAAGUAGUGAGGAACUUGAGCCUUUAGUAGACUCUAAAGAACAAAGUUUAGCAACAGUAGGGUCAAACAGUCAGGAGAUUCAAACCCAGACAGAUACUCCUGACUGGCUAGAAAAGGGAUUAAUUCAUGACUCAGGUGUUCAACAAUUGGAGCUUCCUCAUAUUUCUGUGGUGCAGCUAAGUCAUCACCUUCAAAAGCAAGGCAAAGAAGAAUCUUCAUUAUUUGUAGAUCUCACACCUGAAUCAAGCUCUAAAGAAGAGCUGGAUCAAGUUUCCAGUACUGAUGCACCAGGUUUGAUCUUCUCCAUUCUGCCACCCAUGUCCAGCGAGGAGCAGGUAUCUUCAGCUAUCAUUAGCAGAAGUACAUCCCAACCUCUCCUACGUCCUGUAGACAACAGUGAAUCCAAUGAAGAGGAUGUCAAUGCAAGCUUAAACCAUGUUCGUCUCCAACCAGCCCCUUUAGGCAACUUCAGCUCUGAAAACGACCAGAAUGAAGAAUCGUUUUCAAAUGAAUCCUCAACUGACAGCCCAGCCAUCAGUGCGGAGUCGCCUUCUCAAUCCACACUGAGACAUGAAUCGUUUUUACUGCAAUACAUCACACAACAUCCAGAGUCAGCCUUCGCAAAUGACUUGAUUGUAAGUGAUGAGGACCUAUCCAGUGAGAUUAGCACACCAAAUCCAAGCAUAGGGCCGGAGAUCACAUCUCAAACUAAUGUUGCCAAAACAAGGAGCGAGGAGUCAGAGGAAUCCCAAGAACCUUCCUUGUUUACACUCCGUCCUCCUGUAGCUAUUAACCCUAGCCAAGCUCCAAACACUAAAAAGAGCAGUGAAGAAAACGUGAAGAUGGACCAUGUAGCAAACGAUCAUUUACGUAGUAACCUCAUGCCUACAGCAACGAGUCCCAAAGAAGAGGAAGCCAAUCCUUGGGCAACUUUUCUUCAAUCCUUGAAAGCACACAUGACCCCUUGGCGAGCAGAGCAUGGUGAACAGAAGGUGCAGAGACCAUGGAAUAAGUAUGGUAACAGACGCCAUAGCGGUCAACAUAUUCGUAGCAAUAAAGGACAGAAAGCCAGUAGCAGCGAAGAGAGCAAAUGAAGUCAUUGUGCUUAUUUUAACACCUUACUGUUAAAGACUGUACAAUCAGGAAUUGCUGUGAAUGGAAGGUUAAAUUUGCAGCACUGUAGCAGCAGUCAUUUCCAUAAAAAACAAAAUCUACAUUCCUAACUACAUCUCAUAUACAGUCAAACGUCACAAGACACCCUUUUAUUUCAGACAUGAAAUAUGGUGGCUUUCAAGAUGGUAUAGCCUAAAAGAUAGGAUCGCUCACCCAUUACUUGCUGGGGUAUUCAGAUAUGUAAUUUUCCCUUUCGCUUUCCGUUUGCUUUUGAAAUAAAUGGGUGUCCUGUUCCAUAUAACAGGGGAUGUCACAGAAAGGCAACUAAGUAGGCGUCCCCAUGAAGAUGAUAAUCCGAAGAUGGUAAUACAGGGAAGAUUUGGCAAUUUUUUUUAGGUGUAACCCAUAUACUCAGCUCUGCUGCUCAUCCCACAAAUAUAUAUAUAUUACAAAUGUGGUACCAUUUAAAAGGGAUAUUACCAGGCUUUCCAACAGUAUAAGAUUUAUUGCUGAGAAGCAUUGUUAUAAACAAAUUUCCUUAUUUGUUGUGCUAUGUUUACAU